UACACACACACACGUGUAUAUACGUGUGCGGGUGGAGAUACUAUGUGGAGACACUGCUGGAGACGUGUCCAGUAUCAACGUUUUCCUGGUGGAGCAAUUUCCUGCAUACAAGUUGCUCAAGCCUCGACAAGUAGCCGGAGCUCGGCUGCUUACUGUCUGGACCUAGUCAGGAGAUUCGACCAUGAGCACUAUCUGUGCUGUCUGUUGCUGCCUCCAUGCUCCAGAGCUGCUAGCAUCACACUCAGAGCUCUCAAUGUUGAACUGGCCCAGGUGAAGGAUGUGGUGUCAGAUAAGAGGAUUGGUGAAAUGAGAAUCCAGUUCUGGAGAGAUGCCAUAGACCUUGCCUUCAAGGGUACUCCUCCACAGCAUCCUGUGGCCAAAGAGCUCUCUCUGGCCAUCCACAGACACCAACUAUCAAAGCACUGGCUGACAAGGCUACUGGAUGCCAGAGAGAGGGAACUGGGAGUGAGUACAUACCUGACUACCAGCGACCUGGAACAUCAUGCCGAGUGGACCUCCUCAUCUCUGCUUUACCUCACCCUCCAGACACUUGGGGUUGAGGAUGUGAGCAGUGACCAUGCAGCCAGUCAUGUUGGUAAGGCAGAGACCAUCACUACUCUACUCAGAGCUGUGCCCUAUCACCUCUCCAGAAGAACUGUCCUCAUCCCAAUGGACAUCAUUUCUAGA